AUGACGCCGACAGCGUGUGAAGCUCACCUGGACGAUGACGCGAUGGCGGUAGCUCUGCGGACCCGCCGAGCUCAAAAAAAGACAACGGGUGAGGCAUGCGCGUCUACGUUUGUGCUUGGCGUCGCCACGGCAAAGAAGAAGCAAGAGCUGCACCCUACCGUCGUGCGGAAAGUCGAGCGAGGACAACCACAUACACACCAUUCGGACCCGAUCACUCUUCCGUCCGUCGUGGACGUACCAAGUGACCGUCUCCACAUGCAAUUCGUACGCCAAGAGCGCUCGAUCAACCAACACCAUCUCCAAGUGUAUGCCACACCCGGCCCUACAGACUACGACGAUGGCGCGGCCACACUCGUGCGACCUCGCAGUGCGUGUGCAACUCUGAACGGUAGUGAUCGGCGGGAACCGAAGCCAUCGGACGCUCCUCCAGCAACGCAGUACAAUCCAAAGCCCGUCCGCCCGCGCAGUCUCAGCGCACGGAUCAGCUUGUCGCGUCCCCCUGACGUACCCAUUCACGACCACGUGCGAUUCUACAUCCCAGCAUCUGACUUUUCAACCGCGAAAUCGCAAAGCUGGGACAUUGCCCGACGCUUCUCUACUGACCGAUACCCUCGACGCCCAGUCAAGGCACUGGCCAAAUCGACUCGACCGGUCGGUUGGGGCAACAACCUCAGCCCAGACGAAUCACCCAGACAACGUGCUCUCGCGCCAUCACACCAGCAUGUGCAUGUCCGAUCGAGAACCCCCCAUCGCCGCGUCACGAUGCUACACGAAUUUGUCACUCGCCGGCUUCGUGCAUGGGCUGUGAUCGUAUGGGUAGUCGACGCCCAUUUGGAAAUCUACCGCCAGGCAUGCAUCCAUCGCGUGUGCCGGCGCUUGCUCUGCGUCAUGAUGUCGCGCCGCACGGCGACCAUCCGAGCGUUUGACCAGUGGCGCGGGGCGACCAUCGAGUAUGCCAAACACAUCGCUAGCACCGUCAUUAUCAACCACUUUUGGCAUAUGCGCAUCUCGGCGAGAGGGCGGCUCAAAACACGAGCCAUCCAUGUGCUCAAGACGUUCUUGACGUGGACGCAGCAAGGCCCGGUCGUCGUCAAGCAAGUGCAACGAUACAUCGAUCGCGUGCGACGAGUUCAGAUGUGGUGGAAGCACAGUGUCCGUGUGCUCUUUUCCAGAGCUGUGCUGUGGGUACGGCAGUGGCGCACUGCCGAGGAAGCCAUGCGCCGAGCGCACUUGGCGGCAAAGGAAGCUGCCCUUGACACGCCCUUUCACGUGAAAUGGAACGUGGACCAUCAAGCUGAGUGGUCGCAAGCACUGUUUUGCUUGGGCCCAAAUCGGCUCUUGAUCGGUCAAGACAUUAGCACCGAUGCUGUUCUGGUUAAGAUCGAACUGUCGGCAGCGACGACGAUCGAUGGCGCAGCGUUGAGCGGCCUGCCUGGUGGUGCGGGCCAACAACCCUUCCUUCACGUUCAGCCAAAGCGGGAUGCGACUCAAUGUCUGCUCAUCACGGGCCACGACUUGCACAUCUGGCAACUCAAGUUGAAUCUGGCAAUUGCAUGCGGCGACAUCUUGGACCAGCAUCGACAGGAUAGCAUGGGGUUGGCUUGCCAGCUCAAACUGAAAGACAUGCGACAGCGCCAUCGACUAGCUACACACGAAAUCACGGGUAUUCUGUGGUACUGCGUCGGCGACCUCCUUCGAGAGCGCCCGCACUGUCCCACCGCUGCCAUGCAUCGAGCCAUUCGGACCAACUACAUGGAGCGACGUGUCAAGUUCAGCAGGAAUUGGCGCAAGUAUCAACUGACCCAGCUCAAGUGGCAGCAGCAAUGCCAACUCGCCAAGGAGGUGCAGCACGUCGCAGACGACCACCACGCGGUGUUGUUGGAAAAGCCGCGCCCACCACACUUCAAGCCGCUCAUUCCAUCCACCCAGCUCGCGAUGCUUAUCGAUGAAAUAUGA